GUAGAAGAUGUCAAAAUUACCGUUCCAAUGGACAAAUGUCCGGACGACCUCAAAUCGAACAUCCUCAAGUACCUGAACAAUCUUCGAGAAGAGCAUUCAGCGCCGGCGCUCACCGAGGACCAGGGCAUCAGCAAUUACAGUCAAAAGUGGGCCAACGAUUUGGCAGAGCGAAAUGGGACUGACAGCGACCCAAACAAUAAGUACAUGAAAGAAGCACUUAUACUUGGAGAUUGGCGGGUGGACGUCAAGGGGCCGGAGUUUUACCCCCUCUUCAACACCGAAGGCUUCAUGAACAACUACCUGAACAUCUUUGGCCGUGAAAGUUACCCCCUCUAUGAACAGGAGCCCACUGCUGAGCAAAUCGCUCCCUAUGACCCUUUCACCCGAAUCAUUUGGAAGAGUUCUGAAAAGGUGGGAAUCGGCUGCUCGGCUGGCUACAGCAGCCCCACCUGGUCGACAGUCAACAUAGUGCUCAACUUUUAUCCGGCGGGAAAUGUUCCCGGUUCAUUUAAGGAUAAUGUGCUGAAAUAG